CCCUCGGGAGCAGGUGCGGCCGCGUCACCUGCGGGUCCCGCUGAGGCCGAGGCCGAGGCCGGGGCCGGGGCCGGGGCCAGGCCGGUCCCUGCCCCCGCCAGGCUCCACCCCGGGCGGUGCGGGAUAAAACUUGGGGCACCUCCCCGGCAGCUCCGCGUCAGGGCUGCGCUCGGACCGGCUCCAGCGCUCGGGAGGGGGCACGGCACCGCACAGCACCGCACCGCGACCCCCCCCCCUCCCCAACCCCCCCCCCGGGGAAGUUUCUGGGGGUCUCUUUCUCCCUUCGUGCCGCCGGAGGCAGCGGAGCUCCAGCCGCGCCGGGGAACCGCGGGGGCAGCGCUCCGGGCUCGCAGGUCGGCGGAUGGACCCGCAGCCCGGCGCCAGGAGCUGCAGCCGCGGGGCUCCCGCCUGCGAGGUGGUCCCGAACGAGCCCCCCAUGAACCUCUACAUCAACACCACCACCGGGACCCGCUAUGAGCUCUCCGUGCCCGCCGAGGAGACGGUGGAGGGGCUGAAGCGGCGGCUGUCCCAGCGGCUCAAGGUGCCCAAGGAGCGGCUGGCUCUGCUGCACAAAGAGAGUCGACUCAGUUCUGGAAAACUGCAGGACCUGGGGGUCGUGGAAGGAAGCAAGCUGACGCUGGUGCCCACCGUGGAGGCCGGCUUGAUGUCCCAGGCGUCCAGGCCAGAACAGUCGGUGAUGCAAGCUCUGGAAAGCUUAACUGAAACUCAGGUCAACGACUUCUUGUCGGGACGGUCCCCGCUGACCCUGGCCCUGCGCGUGGGCGACCAUAUGAUGUUCGUGCAGCUCCAGCUGGCGGCUCAGCAGAGCAGCGGGCAGCUCCAGCACCGGCACGUCAUCGCCAGCCGGGGCGAAGCUGGUGCCACCGCCAGCCCCCACUGCCGGACACUGCACGGCAGCGCCGGCUCCGGCUUUGCCCGCAUCCCUGUGGUGCCCGCGUGCCAGCAGAACCCGGCCCCCAGCCCUGCGCCCUCCACGCCGGCACCCCCCAUGUACUGUAAUGCCCCCCACCCCGCUCCCGUCACCGCUGGGAUGUUCCGGUCGCACGGGGCCAGCACGCAGACGGUGAACAGCAGCGUGGUCUCCUCCUGCUCAGAGGUGGACUGCGGCACCCGCAGCAGCAGCUCCCCGGGCAGCAGUCCUGCCCCCACGGCCCGAUCCCGCAAACCCGGUGCGGUCAUCGAGAGCUUCGUCAACCACGCGCCUGGGGUCUUCUCAGGGACCUUCUCCGGCACUUUGCACCCCAACUGCCAGGACAGCAGCGGGCGGCCGCGGCGGGACAUCGGCACCAUCCUGCAGAUCCUGAACGACCUCCUCAGCGCCACGCGACACUACCAGGGCAUGCCCCAGUCCCUGACGCAGCUCCGCUGCCAGACGCAGUUCUCCUCCUCCUCCUCCUCCUCGCCCCCCGCCUCCCCGGACCUCGCCACCAAAACUACCUCAGAGCCGCUGCCGGCGGCCACGGCCUCCCCGCCCCUGCACCCCGUCGUCCAGUGCCAAAGCCAGAUCCGGAUGUGCAAGCCCAGCGGGGACCGCUUGCGGCAGACGGAGAACCGGGCGACGCGCUGCAAGGUGGAGCGGCUGCAGCUGCUGAUGCAGCAGAAGCGGCUGCGCCGGAAGGCUCGCCGGGACGCCCGGGCCCCCUACCACUGGCUGCCGAACCGCAAGUCCAGCCGGACCAACAGCAACAGCAGCGUCUCCAGCGAGGGCAGCCUGGACCUGGACUUCGAGGACUCGGUGUGGAAGCCGGAGGUCAAGGCGGACAUGAAAUCGGAGUUUGUCGUAGCAUAGAGCCGUACCCGGGGGGGGGGCCCCCGGGGCCGCGGACUCUGCCGGGGUUGGGGGGGGGGGGGGGAGCCUGCUCCCGCCGCCCCGGCUGGCGGUGGUGUCAUUUCUGUUGUCAUGGGCCAGAUCUCCUCUAGAUUUGCCAUCUCCUGCGACCGGACGCCUCGGGGCCCGACCCUGCCCGCGCCAGGGGAAGCGUUUCACUGGGGGGGGGGGGGGGGGGGGGGGGCGGUGAGGGGAGGUGGCUGGGACAGCCUCACCCCCCCCAACCCAGCUUGGCUGGGUUUGGGGAGAUGGGGGGGGGGAGCAGGCAGGAGCCGCUGGCUCCCUCCCACAUCCUCCCUGGCCAGGAGUGGGGGUCCUGGCACCUGGGGGGCCCCUGGGGGGUAUCGAAGCUGCUGCUUUGCUGUGAAGAGAGGGGUGCAGCAGGGUGGGCUCUGGGCCCCCCAGCAUCCCCCCCCCCCCCGGUGCAGGCAGGAGGAGAUGAAGUCUCUUUCGGAGGUGCUGGGGCCCCCCCUGGUUUGGGGGCCAUUCGUUUUCCUUCCCUUCUAUAUGUAGCAUUGCUCGGCUGCGGGGCUGGGCCCCCCCCCGGGCGGCUGGGGGGGACACGCGUGUGCCUGGGUGCCGCCGGCCCCGCUGCCGCAGCCGGGGAGUGGGGGGGGGCUUUGUUUUGGGGUGGGUUUUAAUUUUGUUUUCGGAGGGAAAAGAAAUGGCGCCUUCCCUCCAUGGCUGAGACCAACUUCCGAGUCGCUGGACUCCUUCCCGCCCGCCUCUUGGUUGGUUGGAUUUUUCUUUUUUAACUUAAAAAAGGAGAAGAGGAAAAAAAAAAAAAAAAGAUUAAAAAAAUAAUGAAUAAAUAAACCCAGUACUCGGUCAUGGCUGUCCGCAAGCCGUGGGGCUAAUAUUUAUAGACAUUAAUUACCCGACUGAGCCAAUACUGACAUAGUCUUGCAUAGGCCGUAGAAAUCCUUUUUCUUGUCCGACUUUGAUUUUUUCGUCAGGAGAUCUGUGCAAAUAGAGAACCCAUGUGAUGUG